UCCUUACACUUUUUAUGUAUACGUCGCGUCGAACGAGAAAAAAAUAAGUUGCAGAAAAAUUAUUUGCAGAAAUAGUAAUAAAGCUUAAAAUUGGCAACCGCAAACAUAGAGAAUAUAAGCAGAAAAAUCAUGUCGGACUAUCGUUCCCAAUCUCGAGGCGGCGGACGUGGCGGCCAGGAGUACUCCAACGACGACGAUCCGCCGAUGUCGCGCCUGUUCAUUAUUUGCAACAAAGGGCACACCGAGGAGGACUUCCGCGAGGCGUUCUCGCCGUACGGCGAAAUCGAGGACAUUUGGGUGGUGAAGGACAAACACACGCAGGAAAACAAGGGCAUCGCCUACGUCAAAUUCUCCAAGACAUCCGAUGCGGCCAAGGCUCAGGAGGAGAUGAACGGCAAGACAAUUGGCAAGAUGGACCGGACGCUCAAGGUCCUGGUGGCGGCGAACCGCAACCAGGGCUCAAACAAGUCUGAGAACGAGCAGGAGAAAUACGUGAGACUGUUCAUUGUGAUUCCCAAGACGGCCACUGAGGACGACAUCCGCGACGAGUUUGCUCAGUGGGGUGAGGUGGAGUCUGUGACCAUUGUCAAGGAGAAGAACAACGGCAACCCCAAGGGCUUCGGCUAUGUUCGCUUCACCAAAUUCUACUAUGCCGCUGUGGCCUUUGAGAGCUGCUCGCCCAAGUACAAGGCUGUGUUCGCCGAGCCCAAGGGCUCCACACGCACGCAGCGGGAUCAGUACGGUCGUCCCGCCGACGACAAUCCCCUGUACAGCGGGUCCGGACGCGGGGGCAGCUCCAGCUUCAAUGGCGGCGCCGGCAGCGGAGGAGGUGGUGGCAGCGGUGGCAACAGCUUCAACAACGACUGGAAUGUGUCGGUCAACAAUGACAUGUCGGCCUUUUUGCGAAUGCAGAAUGUGCCUGUGGCUCAGCCGUCGUGUCUUGAGGUGACUGUGAGCAAUUGCGUUAACCAAGACCAGCUGUGGCGCCUCUUUGACAUUAUUCCCGGCCUCGAUUAUUGUCAAAUUAUGCGCGAACAUGGCCCACGUACCAACGAGGCUCUUGUUGUCUACGAUAAUCCAGAGGCAGCGAUAUAUGCCAAGGACAAACUUCAUGGACUGGAAUACCCAAUGGGCGAACGCAUCAUUGUAAAAGUGAACGGCAUGAGUUCAGCUCGAAUGGACACCUCAUUUAUAGACAAGCGUACCAAAAAGGAUGCCAUCUGCAAUGUGCCUUUGCCACCCACACAGCCUCUGGCUUCGCCCGAUGAACAGGUGGCUCAACGACUGUUUAUUGUACUUUCAGCUAAUUUGCCACACUCGAUCUUGAAAAACAUAUUCUCUUGCUGGAGAGGGCUUAUCGACGUCUACCUGCUGCCCAACAAGAACUGCGGGUAUGUUAAAUACUCGGACAGCGAGAGCGCCCAAGAGGCCAUACACGUUCUAAACGGAGCCGAGAUUUGCGGCACUAAAAUAAAGGUAAUGGAGGCGGAGGAGCGCAGUGGAUCCGAUGGCGACGACGGAGGACGCAAGCGGCUAAGGCGGAACUGAGUGCCGUAGUUGGAAUGAGUAUGAAUGUGCCGUGGUCCGAGGUAAGUAGUUGUGUAAAUUCCAAAAAUACCGAACCCAUUUAUCAAUUUUAUAUACGACGCAUUCGCCAGACAGUUCGUUCUGCCAGAGAUUAGUAGUAUUUACCCAGAGCACAGUGGACCACGACCACCGACCACCAACUGAGCUAACAUAAUAAGCCAAAGCAUUUUUAUCUUUCUAUCUCCACAGACCCACUGACAACAAAAAAGAACUAACAGAGAACGAGUACGAAACUAACUUGAGAGAACAAACAGUCCGAUAAAACAGUUAAACUGACCGCAACAGCAACAAAACCAAACAACAAUAACCACCCAAAACACUCAUAACGGAAUGCCACAAAAACUGCGCUGACUGGACGCCGGAGAACGAAGAACGAAGAACGCAACGGAGACAGGAGACCGGAAACGGAAACGGAGACCGGUGACCAGCGACCGGAGAACAAUAGCCAAGAAUCCGCCACAUACUCCCGUAACCGUACUCGUACCAUUGACUUACUCAAGUGGGGUCAUAGCAAAGACCCCUCUUGUUGACCUUUAAACGAAGCCAACGAAACCGCAAUGCUUGCUCUAUGACGUACUCAUAUUUAUAGCAAAACCGUUUAUAUAUAGGGGACUUUAGAUCGUUCCGUCUAACAGAUGUGAACUCUGUCUUUACCCAUCAUUAUUAUUAUUAUUUACUAACGUAUUCCGACUAGAUCCAGCUAAGCAAUGAAUUUCAUGUGUAAUGAGUGUCUCAAAAAUAACCUCACGAACUAGCCGUGCAUACAUAAAAAAACAUAUAUUUUUACAUAUAUGUAAUAUAACAUUUAAGCGAUACUUUACCUUGUAAGCUCUGAAAUUUAUAUAUACAUAUAUAUAUAAAAAUAAAUGGCUGAAUGCCCAAAUAUAUGAAUGGA